CACACGUGUGUGCGGCGUGGAUGAUUGGGUUUAGUUUUUUUCUGGAUGGCGUUUGUGGAUGUCACCGUGCCUGCUUGUCUGGAUAAUGUACACAGUUUUAGAACUUGAUUUUCUCAGGAUGAUACCAUUGUCAAGACGGAAUCCAUUAUGAGAAGUCAUUGACCUUUUAAAGCUGCAAGACAAGGUCAAUGAACCCACAGAGAUAAAGUCAUUGACCUCACAAGUAAAAGACAAAGUAAUUAAGGGCCGUCCUUACAUGACGUCACACAUAUGGGAAGUUGCGCCUUGGACCUGAGUGAUGAUCUGUGACGUGUGACGAGAGAAUGUCACGUCACCAUUUUGCAUUAUAAAAGUGUGCUGACUCUCCUCGUCCUGCGCGGCCUAGCCACGCGGCAGUCAACAAGUUUUCACAAAACGUAAACAUUGGUCAAACUGGCACACGAUGACCAGCGUCCACUUCAACUCACGCUCGUCGUCUGCCGUGAGCCGGCAGAUCAGGGUGGCGUGAUUCAAGCGUGUCUGUCUGAUAGCAGGUCGCUGUGACCAGUCUACUGUUGCCGUCUACUGUUGGCGUCUGCUGUUUGGGGGACUAUGUGUCGAUGAGGCUGAGACUAUGGUGUCGCUGCAUCUGCUGUGUCUUCUGCUGAUCGUCUGCUCGACCCAGGGGGCGGGCGUGUCCGCGCACCUGAUCGACAAGAGGCCGGACUGUUUCAAGAGCUGUUCGCAUGACGUUGAGUGUACCAUAAAGAUCUCUGACACAAUGUGUAGUUACGUUGAUGUCCAUGAUCAGGCCAAGGGUGGGGACACCAACAUCGCAGGAAGGAUCUGGAACUUGACCAUGAAGACGUCAACAGAUGAGAAGUACCGCUAUGUGGACCUGGAGUGGGGAGCACCGGAUGACGGAUCUUACAACUUCCUGACUGGCUUCCUCCUGAGCAUCAGUACAGUCAACCUUGACAGUGACAAGUUUUUAACCCCACAGCUGGAAUGCUUCAACCUUGACCUUGGCAAUUGGACAGCCCCUCACCGCCAGCUACUUUCAACGCGUUCGUACGGUGCCCAGUUUUUCUUCAACUGUCUGCGACUGUCUCGCAACAUCUCCAGGGAGGUGACGGUCAUCAUGCACAGCCAGCCAAUCAGUGAGAAGCUACCCAAGCUGGUGCAGAAGUCAUUCAAGGUUCCAAGUGCCCUAGAGGACCAGUACACCACGUACUUCGACCACAAGCAGAUUGGUCUACUGCAUGUCAUCAUCCACAAGCACAAGAAACUGACGGACCAGUUUCAGGCAGUCUUGCAUGAAAGGCAAUAUCCCUCCAUUGUCCGCUUCAAGCAAAUCUUACCACUGGUGAGGUUUUAUGUUAUCUAACGUCAGACUUGUCUAAAAAACAUCUUGCA